GAAUGAAUGAUUCCCACCGCUCUUCGUGGGCGUCUCUUUUUUUUUCCCCUUCUCUUCUCGUGUAACUGUUCGCUUCCCAGCAUCAUAAAACCUUUCCAUCUUUCCAAGGGUGUGGCUCUUGCGUUGCUGAACCGUCCGGUCUGGCAGCAAUUGAAGCUCCCACUCUAGUUGACAGUUCUCCAAGAUGGCUCCGUCCUUGUAUGCUCUUCGCGGAGCAAGCAACCAGUUAACGCGGUUGUCGAAGCUACGCGUGGCUUCGACAAGAGCUCUAUAUAGGUCACCAGCAUCUUCUGUGGCCUCUGGCCGGAAUUACCUGCAAUUGAGACGUCACCAUGCCUCUGCCCGCACAGUUUACACCAGCUCUCUGGCUGACUACGGUGAGCCAGAAGCUCGUGAUCUCUUCCAGCCCAUUGAUACUUUCCCUCGUCGUCAUAUUGGACCCAGUCCAGAUGCUGCGAAGCAGAUGCUCGCCACUCUGGAUCCCCCGGUAGCAUCACUAGACGAGUUUGUCCAGCAGGUGCUGCCGGCAGAUAUUUUGUCCAAGAAGGACAUGGUCGUGACGCCUCCCAGGGUGGGCACAGAGUUACAGAGAGAUGAUGUCCAUGGUGGCCUGGGCGAAACUGAUAUGCUGAAAUUGCUGGAGAAAUACAGAGAUCAGAUCACGACGACAGGAAAACCCUACAUUGGCUGUGGCUACUAUAACACGAUUGUGCCCCCCGUCAUUCUUAGGAAUGUACUUGAAAACCCUGCUUGGUACACCAGUUAUACUCCAUACCAGCCGGAAAUCAGCCAGGGUCGACUGGAAUCGCUGCUCAACUUUCAGACAUUGACCGCGGACCUGACAGGACUGCCUGUCGCCAACGCAUCCGUUCUGGACGAGGCGACUGCAGCAGCGGAGGCGAUGACGAUGUCUCUCGCAGUUCUUCCGCUAGCCAGACAGAAGAAGCCGGGUAAGGUCUUUGUGGUGUCCCAUCUCUGCCACCCACAGACCAUUGCAGUCAUGCGGUCUCGCGCCGAAGGCUUUGGGAUCGAGCUCAAGAUUGGUGAUAUCCUGGCGGAUGAUGCUAAGCUGGUCAAGGACCAGGGUGACAGCCUUAUCGGUGUCUUGGCCCAGUAUCCUGAUACUGAAGGAGGCAUCUAUGACUUCGAGAGCCUGGGAAAGACGAUCCAUGAGCUCGGAGGUACUUUCAGCGUUGCCACCGACCUCCUGGCAUUGACAGUGUUGAAAUCCCCUGGGGAGUUUGGCGCUGACAUUGCAUUUGGAAGCGCUCAGAGACUGGGUGUUCCCAUGGGCUUCGGAGGCCCUCAUGCUGCUUUCUUCUCUUGUGCGGAUAAGUACAAGCGUAAGAUCCCUGGACGCCUUGUUGGUGUCUCAAAGGAUAGACUGGGAAACCGUGCUCUUAGACUGGCGCUCCAGACUAGAGAGCAGCACAUUCGUCGUGAAAAGGCAACCAGCAACAUUUGCACAGCGCAAGCCUUGCUCGCCAACAUGAGUGCCAUGUAUGCAGUCUACCAUGGCCCGAAGGGACUGAAGGCGAUUGCCCAGCGUAUCAUGGCCCUGACAGCUCUGCUGCAGGAGAAGCUCACGGGGUUGGGAUACAAUGUCCCCACCAAGAGUAAUGUAUCCGAUGGUAAAGCGUUUUUCGACACGCUGACCGUUGAGCUGCCUAACGUUGAUGAUGCCGAUGCUAUCAUGAAUGCAGCUAGAUCAGCCAACCUUUACUUCCGUCGUCUGGAUAUUACCAGGAUUGGCAUCUCUCUUGAUGAGACAGUCGGCAAGAAUGAGCUGAAGGCCAUCUUGGAUGUCUUCGCUUCUCAUUCCUCCAAGGCAGCCGUCGAAUUGUCUGGUGAGCUUGGUCCGGUCGCUGUUCCUGCUGCGUUGGAGCGCACAUCAUCUUACUUGACCCAUCCGGUGUUCAACACGCAUCACUCGGAGACGGAAAUGCUUCGUUACAUUCAUCACCUCGAGUCAAAGGACCUUUCACUGGCCCACUCCAUGAUUCCUCUUGGUUCCUGUACGAUGAAGCUCAACGCUACUAGUGAGAUGAUUCCCAUCUCGUGGCCCGAAUUCUCCCAGAUGCACCCUUUCACCCCCACCGAUGCAGUCGCCGGUUACACUCAAUUCAUCGACGAAGUGGAGCAGCAGCUGGCCGACAUCACCGGCAUGGCUGAAGUCACUGUCCAGCCGAACUCCGGUGCUCAGGGAGAGUUCACCGGUCUCCGAGUGAUCAAGAAGUACCAGGACGCGCAAGGUGGCACUAGGAACGUGUGCCUGAUCCCCGUGUCGGCUCAUGGAACCAACCCUGCCAGUGCUGCCAUGGCUGGUAUGCGUGUGGUGACCAUCAAGUGUGACACCAAGACGGGCAAUCUUGACAUUGAGGACCUGAAGGCCAAGUGUGAGAAGCACAAGGAUGAGCUGGCUGCGAUUAUGGUCACAUAUCCCAGCACUUUCGGUGUCUUCGAGCCCGGCAUCAAAGAGGUCUGCAAGAUCGUGCACGAAUAUGGCGGUCAGGUCUAUAUGGAUGGUGCCAACAUGAAUGCACAGAUUGGACUUUGCUCUCCUGGAGAGAUUGGAGCAGAUGUCUGCCACUUGAACCUACACAAGACCUUCUGUAUUCCUCACGGCGGUGGUGGCCCUGGCGUGGGACCCAUUGGUGUUGCUGAGCAUCUGCGCCCAUACCUCCCUUCCCACCCGGUCAGCGAGUAUCUUCAGGGAAAGCGAGGCGAUACCGCAUCACCACCCGUCAGUGCCGCUCCAUGGGGUAGUGCCAGUCUUCUCCCGAUCACGUUCAACUAUAUCAACAUGAUGGGCGCCAAGGGCUUGACGCAUGCCACCAAGAUCACCCUUCUGAACGCCAACUAUAUCCUGUCGCGUCUCAAGGAGCACUAUCCUAUCCUCUAUACCAACGAGAACGGCCGUUGCGCACACGAGUUUAUCCUCGACGUCCGGAAAUUCAAGGAGACCUCUGGCAUCGAAGCGAUUGACAUCGCGAAGAGACUGCAGGACUAUGGCUUCCACGCGCCAACCAUGUCGUGGCCGGUGGCCAACACCCUCAUGAUUGAACCGACGGAAUCGGAGAACAAGGCAGAAUUGGAUCGAUUCUGCGAUGCCCUCAUCUCGAUCCGCCAAGAGAUCGCAGCUGUGGAGCGCGGAGAACAGCCACGGGAGGGCAACGUUCUGAAGAAUGCGCCUCACACGCAACGAGACCUGCUGUCUAGCGAAUGGAACCGUCCAUACUCGCGGGAGGAAGCCGCCUAUCCUCAGCGAUGGCUGUUGGAGAAGAAGUUCUGGCCCACGGUGACCCGUGUGGAUGAUGCAUUUGGCGACCAGAAUCUCUUCUGCACCUGCGGCCCUGUCGAAGAUAGCGAAUAAUUAUGAUACCCCCUCUUUCUGUUGUUUUCUCCCUUGUCUAGGGCGGACAUUGUUCAAGCUUUAUGACUGCAUAUCUGAAUAUUUCAACAUCUCUUGUUCGCUGCGUUUCAGCGGAUCCUGACGAACGUUACGCAUUGACUAUGAUUCAACAUUGCCAUAGACUUCGCAACGUCUCGCGAGGUUUUCUCCAGUUUAGUUGGACUUCAUUUUCUGUGUAAUAUAAUAAAUAGUAUAGAUAUAUUUUCGAUGGGUUCCAGACUGAGGAAAGAAUCGUCUUCUGUAGUGACCCUCUCUUGUCUAGAAAUAAUAAUGAUAGAACCCUUGGCA